GCCCGUCCAGCCCUGAGAACCAGAAGCGAGAAGCGAACCAAACGUGCCGGAAAAGAAGCUCACCCUCGAACCCGAGCAGACUCGAGCCAACCCCAGAGCGGCGGAGCAGACGAGGGGGAAUCCCGAUGGCGGCGGUGGCGAUGGACAUCGCGAAGCCCUCGGCGCUGCCGGCGAGCGUCGACGACCCGUCGGCGGCGUCGGCCAAGGGCAGGGCCGGCGGCGGGGAGGGCCUGCGCCAGUACUACCUGCAGCACAUCCACGACCUGCAGCUCCAGAUCCGGACCAAGACGCACAACCUCAACCGCCUCGAGGCCCAGCGCAACGACCUCAACUCGCGAGUUAGAAUGCUCCGGGAAGAGUUGCAGCUCCUUCAAGAACCGGGCUCAUAUGUUGGCGAGGUUGUGAAGGUUAUGGGCAAGUCAAAGGUUCUAGUCAAGGUUCAUCCAGAAGGCAAAUAUGUUGUAGAUCUUGAUAAAAGUAUUGAUAUUACAAAGAUAACCCCUUCAACAAGAGUUGCUCUUCGGAACGACAGCUACAUGCUUCACCUUAUCCUGCCCAGCAAGGUCGAUCCACUGGUUAAUCUUAUGAAGGUGGAGAAGGUUCCUGACUCUACCUAUGAUAUGAUUGGUGGUCUUGAUCAGCAAAUUAAAGAGAUCAAGGAGGUGAUUGAGCUUCCCAUUAAGCAUCCUGAGCUGUUUGAGAGUCUCGGAAUUGCCCAACCAAAGGGUGUGCUCCUUUACGGGCCUCCAGGUACAGGGAAAACAUUACUUGCUCGUGCAGUUGCUCAUCACACCGACUGCACCUUCAUCAGGGUCUCAGGUUCUGAGUUGGUUCAAAAGUAUAUUGGAGAGGGUUCCAGGAUGGUUCGUGAACUCUUUGUGAUGGCUAGGGAGCAUGCACCAUCCAUUAUAUUUAUGGAUGAAAUAGACUCUAUUGGAUCUGCUAGAAUGGAGUCGGGCUCCGGCAACGGUGAUAGCGAGGUUCAGCGUACUAUGCUUGAGCUUCUGAACCAACUUGAUGGUUUUGAAGCAUCGAACAAAAUUAAGGUUCUUAUGGCAACUAAUAGGAUAGACAUAUUGGAUCAAGCUCUUCUGAGGCCUGGUCGUAUCGAUAGGAAGAUCGAAUUUCCAAAUCCUAAUGCAGAUUCCCGUGGUGAUAUUUUGAAGAUUCACUCGAGGAAAAUGAACUUGAUGCGUGGCAUUGAUCUGAAAAAAAUUGCCGAGAAGAUGAACGGAGCAUCAGGAGCAGAGCUAAAGGCGGUCUGCACAGAAGCUGGAAUGUUUGCCCUCCGCGAGAGAAGGGUGCACGUCACCCAGGAGGAUUUCGAGAUGGCCGUGGCCAAGGUGAUGAAGAAGGAUACCGAGAAGAACAUGUCGCUGCGGAAGCUAUGGAAGUGAGGCCCUCGUUUUAGCAUCUCAGCUUUCGCCGGCAUGUAUCGGUGGUUUAAGCUUAUAGCGGCACAUUUGCCAGAUGAGCUGCGGGUUUCUUUGAACCGUGUCGACAACUGUAACCUGCAGCUGCCUUAUCAGGGUUAAAUUUCUUUAUUGGGUUAUAUUAUGAGACGGGAGUUGGGAACCGUUCGCUUGCUUGUAAUGUAAUGUUGCUUUACCGACUACGUAGAUUGGUAGCCUCGCUGUGCUGAGAAGGGUGACCGCAAUGGUGUGCUGUUUUACUUGAAUGUGGCAAAUGUUAUUUCUAGGGAAA